AGACGUAGCCUACGUUUAACCGGUUAACUGAUUAAGCAUGGAAUCCCAGCGGAGGAUCACUCCUGUCUGCGCGGGAUGGGAUGGGAGCAGGCUGCUAGCUCCUGACCCCUGCAUGGGCUGUUCCUCAGUGCCAAUUAACCAGUUACCUGUUCACAUCCCUAGUAUGUGUGGGAGGGGACCUGUGUUACAAAUCUGUACCGGGCCUAUUAAAAAUUAUGCUUGGUCUGAUGCAGUUUAAACCUGAUUUUUUAAAAAAACAAUUUGUAUGGAAAACUUGAAGCCACAUGACAAGUUUGAAUGAAAUGGCUGGGCUUGUACAAAGGAAGAGUUUUGUAUCUGGCCCAAUUCAUAUUUGCAGGUUCUCAAGAUGUCGGGCCCGAGAAAAUGCCCUGAUUGUGGCUCCUCUGACAUCGUGGACGAUGCGCAUUAUGCUCAGAACCAACUGGUGUGCGCUGACUGCGGGUUUGUUCUCACCGAGGGGCUCUUGACAACCACUUUCCAAGAUGAAGAGCAUUUACAAGAAGUGACGUAUUCACGGAGCACUGGGCAGAAUGAGCAGCUGAGCCGCUGUACGCAACGAGGGAUCAAGCGUGUCCAGGAUCUCUGCAAAGUCCUGCGUCUCCCGGCGGUGUUUGAAGACACAGCCCUGUCCUAUUUCCAGCGAGCAAUUAAGCACCCCUCCUUCCACUUGGUCCGCUUGGAGAAGAAGGAGAUUCUGGUGGGCUGCUGUGUCUUUGUGACCUGCCGGCAGCACAACUGGCCCCUGACCAUGGGCACGAUCUGCUCCCUGCUCUACGCAGACAAGGAGCUGUUUGCCAGCGUCUACCUAGCUGUCCUGAAAGAGCUGGAACUGGACGUGCCAGCCCUGAGUCUGAUGGAUCUGGUGAAAACGCACCUCAACAGUUUCAAGCUGUUCCAGAGUUCAGCCAGCAUCCCUGCCAGAUUUGCUGAGGACAAGGACAAGAUGGUUGCCCGGACAAUCCAGAUUGUGGAGCUGGCCAGCGAGACCUGGCUGGUGACCGGCCGGCAUCCCAUUCCCAUCGUUCUUUCUCGACAAGGACAAGAUGGUUGCCCGGACAAUCCAGAUUGUGGAGCUGGCCAGCGAGACCUGGCUGGUGACCGGCCGGCAUCCCAUUCCCAUCGUCCGGCCCACCUGAGGCUGAAGGAGCUGAACGACAUCCUGCUGAGAAUGGCCUCCCAGCUGGCCUGGCUGCGUGUGCUCCAGGUGGACAAAAAGACUGGCUCUGAGAGUUCCCUGCGUGCGGCAGGGUGCGCUGGCCAAGCGGAGGGCUGCCCCCCGGGGGGCAAGCAGAAGAGCAGCACUGGCCAGAGGCCUUUGCUCCCACCGUGCCUUCUCAACCCCAGGAAGAGACUUCGCACAGCAGCCCCGAGUCCUGCGGAGCAGGCGAUCACUGGGGAUGAGGCCAUUUCAGACAGCGAAAUAGAGCAGUACCUGCGGAGCCAGGAGGAGAUGCGGGAGUUCCGCAAGGCCCAGGCCCAGGCCCGGCACUGA